AUGGCUGAAAUUUACAAUUGUAUCGUUAUUGGUGCUGGAUGGUUUGGUCUCGCCGCUGCAAAGUCGUACAUUGAGCUGCACCCCACGGAGAAGGUUCUGAUUGUCGAGGCCGAGAGCUCAUGUGGCGGGACAUGGUCACACGACAGACUCUACCCCGGACUCAAGUCCAACAACCUCUGGGGCUCAUAUGAGUACCCCGACUUCCCCAUGGUCGAGGAGGUCUACGGUGUCAAGUACGGCGAGCACAUCCCGGCAGCUACCCUGCACCGGUAUCUGACCGACUUUGCCAAAAAGUUCGGCGUCUUUGAGAGGACACGCUUCAACACGGCUGUCGAUGCCAUCGAGUCUGUAGACGACGGCAGCUGGAAGAUCCACGUCAAGCCGACCAAGGGCGACGGCAAGCCCGAGAUCCUGCACACGAAAAAGCUCAUUGUCGCCUCGGGUCUGACCUCGAACCCGAACCUACCCACCUAUCCCGGUCAAGAGACUUUUACUCCCCCUUUCUUCCACGCCAAGGACUUCCGCACACACGCGGACACGGUCAAGACGUGCAAGCGGGCCGUCAUCGUCGGCGGCGCCAAGUCGGCGUUCGACUGCGCCUACGCCUACGCCACGGAGGGCGGCGCCCAGGUCGACCUGAUCGUGCGGCCCAGCGGCCAGGGCCCCGUGUGGAUCUCCCCGCCCUGGGUCACGCCCCUGAAGCGCAUGAUGGAGGAGCUCCUCAGCACCAGGGCCCUGACGUGGUUCAGCCCCGUGCCCUGGGACGACGACGGCUACGGCGUGGUGCGCAAGUUCCUGCACGGCACCCUGCCGGGCAACCUCAUGGUCAAGGCCUUCUGGAGCCUGAUCAGCUCCGACAUCGUCGAGGCGCACGGCUUCAAUGAGCACCCCGAGGUCUUCAAGCUGAAGCCCUGGCACGGCGCCCAGUGGACGGGCAGCGGCGUCAGCAUCCACAACUACGACACCAACUUCUUCGACCUCAUCCGCGAGGGCAAGGUGCGCGUGCACAUCGCCGACGUCGAGAGGCUCGACGGCACGACGGUGCACCUGACCGACGGGCAGGCCCUCGCGACCGACGUCGUCAUCUGCGCCACGGGCUGGAAGAAGGACUCCGGCAUCAGGCACGUCAACUUCGACACCGGCCUGCCACACUCAAAGGCGGACAAAGAGCGCCUCUCAGACGCCGCGGACCAGCAGGUCCGGGAGAUGUUUCCAGGCCUCAAAGACCAGCCCGUGCUGCGGUAUACACCCAUCAAGCAGGAGCCCCUGCGGAACUACAGGUUCAUCGUCCCGACCAAUGCGGUCUUCAAGCGCAACAUCGCGUUUGCGGGUAUGGUGUCGACGGUCUGCACGGCCACGUUUGCCAGCGUCCAGGCGCUGUGGAUCUCGGCCUUCCUCGACGGCAAGCUGAAGAGGUCGCCCAAGAACGACGCCGAGGUCCUCAAGGAGGUGAUGUUGCACACUCAGUUCGGCAAGUGGAGGUACCCCUGUGGCUAUGGCGCCGCGAUCCCGGACUUUGCGUUCGACUCUGUCCCCUAUGUCGACCUUCUGGUCAACGACCUGGGUCUGAACCCGCGGCGGAAGGCCUCGCAGAUGGCGGAGCUGGUUGAGCCGUACAAGCCGAAGGAUUACAAGGGCCUGACUGAGGAGUGGGUUGCUUCACUCAAAGGGCUGUGA